GUCAUAAAAUGUGCUUUAACUAUGGUUACAAGGAGGGGAAUAUAAACAUAAGCCACCAAACUUCUUCAACUGCCAGGGAUGGGAACCAAGGUCUCAGCAAACUCAAAGGCUCUACUAAUCUCCUCAAAUGGAAGCUUCAAUAUGCCUCCUUCGGAAUCGCAGGUAACGCAGUUGAUGUAGAGCAAGAACAAAUUACAGCCAUUGACGCGCCAUAUGGCCUCUGGUAUGCAAGGGGAACCCAGCAUUGGAAUGGUAAGUAAAGUAGACCAGGAUGAAUCUCCUUCGUCGAACAAGCAGACACUAAGUAACGAGUCUUGUACUGUUAGCACAAACAUAGCAAGUGACCCUUUCCAGACACUAAUGGUACUCAGGACAGACCAUUUUGGCGAAUCUGCAGGAUAAGGAGUCGAAAUCCACUCCAACUUUUCAUCAUGCAGUUUGAAGCAAAGCACCAUACCAGUAAUCGUGUCCAUCCAAUACACUCCCCCAUUGCUGGUUGCGAGAGGAGGAUCGGGAAAGCUCCAGGUUCCUUUUCGGUUGAGAGUCAGGAUGGUUUGAAAGCUCCUGUCUUG